AUGCUUCGAGCAGUCGUGCGUUGCCCUUGUAUUGUCAAGUCUUCGCUCACCUCUUCUCAGAUUCUGGUCAUGGGCGAGCGCCCGCACUUGCACGGGAUUUUAAGGAUCCACAGGAGGCAGGCUUUUGCAUUGUUCGGCAGGCUUUUGCAUCGUGGACCCUUGCACCUUCUUGCUCUGGUCGGACAUUGUGCGCAGCAGUGCCGGGCAUCGUGGAUACACCAGGCUUGCGAAGACGUCGAGUGGCUUCGCAGUCACCGCCCCAAGCUGAAAUACUUUCCAAGGCCUCAAAAGAACCUUGAGCUCAGCUGCCAGUUGGGUUGGAAGGCGAUGCUCAAGUCUGCCCUACCGGCCUACGUCGCCCACUCCAACAGGAUUGCCCUGGCCCACGUGGCCGAGAUCGAGGAUUUCCAGGUCAUGUACGACGGCAGGGUGCCCAGACCAGCUACUAACUCCCAACAUCCUCUUCGGGCGAAGGCUUAA